ACUAACAAACAACAAAAAGAGGGAGGAUAGAAAGAAGGAAAAGGAAAUAAAAAAUCGUUAGUGUUAGUGUUACGCGACGACCCGAUACCUUGCUCUUAAUCCUCUAAUUUUUCUCCUAAAAAAACCCAGAAAAUUUAUAUAAAAACUUAGGUGUCAAGUUUAUUCUUUUUUGUGAUUCUACUUAGAUCCCAUUUUUCUCACAUCUUUAACCCCACCAUUUUUAUUUUUAGCUUCCUUCUUCUCUCUACCCCCAUAAAACCAACCUACCCAACACAAAACUCAAAAGUGUUCUCAACUUUCUCCAUUUUUUUCAGUUCCUCAAAAGUGGAAAAAAUUAUAUUGUGGGUUCUUUUUAAAACUGAAAAAAGAUGAUGGAUUUUAGAGAUAAUAUGGAAAAAUGCCAAGAAUAUAUCAAUGGUUUGGAAGAAGAAAAGAGAAAAAUUCAAGUUUUUCAGCGUGAACUACCUCUUUGCUUAGACCUUGUAACUCAAGCAAUUGAAGCAUGUAAGCAACAAUUAUGUGGGAGUGGGACAAAUACUACAACAGAGUGUUUUAAUGGACAUUCUGAGUGCUCAGAACAAACAACAAGUGAUGGUCCAGUUUUGGAGGAAUUUAUUCCAUUAAAAAGGAGUAAUUCUCCAGAUGAUGAUGAUUAUGAGCUUGAAUCAGAUAAAUCCCAGAUUAAUAGUGAUUUAAAUAACAAUCAUGAAAAUUCAGGGAAGAAAUCAGAUUGGCUUAGAUCUGUUCAGUUAUGGAAUCAAACACCAGAUCCACCCACCACUCAAGAGGAUCAUCAGCCAAAGAAAGUAACGGUAGUGGAGGUGAAAAGGAAUGGUAAUGGUGCAUUUCAUCCAUUUCAGAAGGAAAAUAACUGCAACGGGAACGAAAAGCAUAACAAUAAUAAUAACAAUAACGAUAACAAUAAUAAACAAGACGCAUCAACGCCUGCUGCCUCGGCAUGCUCGAGUGCCCAAGAGGUGGAUAUGGGACCGAGCAGUGGCGGAAGCGGUGGUGGUAGUGCUAGCAAGAAGGAAGAGAAAGGAGGACAAUCACAAAGGAAAUCAAGGAGGUGUUGGUCUCCUGAGUUGCAUAGGAGGUUUGUGCAUGCCCUGCAGCAACUUGGUGGUUCACAUGUUGCAACUCCAAAGCAAAUAAGGGAUUUGAUGAAGGUCGAUGGACUUACCAAUGAUGAAGUUAAAAGCCAUUUACAGAAAUACCGUCUCCACACAAGAAGACCAAGUUCAGGUGUUCACAAUAAUGCCAACCAACAACAAGCUCCUCAGUUUGUAGUUGUUGGAGGCAUUUGGAUGCCUCCACAAGAAUAUGCAGCAGUGACUGCAACAACAACCUCAGGAGACAAGACCAACGUUUCUCCUCCUAACGGCAUCUAUGCACCCAUAGCAACUGUGGCGGCACCAUCCCUCAUGCACCAAACAUCGACACAUCGGAUACAACCAAAGCAACAAUCAAGCCAAUCACAUUGCGAGGAAAGGGCAAGUCAUAGCGAGGGAGGUGCUCGUUCCAACUCCCCUGCAACAUCAUCUUCUACCCACACGACGGCUUCUCAUGCACAUUAGUGUCAUUCUUUUUUUUUUUUUCCAUAGAAAGGUGUAGAGAUUUUGUAACGAGUCUUGAGUGAAGUAGAUAGUUCUUUGUAUGAUCAGGAAGAUAAAACAUUAGUAAAAAUGGCAGAUAUAGAAAAAGAAGUGGUCUUAUAUUCUUUGUGUAGUACACCUUUGUUCAUGUUUUGUUAUUAUGCAUUUUGGGAAUAAUCUUUAUGUUAGAACGUCCUUCAAUCUGGAAGUUGAAUGAUCUAUCUAACAGCUCAUUUCCUA